UUUGGUUGCAUACCUAGUUGCCUUGGCAAGCCUGUCGCUGUUUCUUAUUUUGUUAGCCAUUUCCAGUUGUUGCUGUGCGCGUUCUAUACUUGAUUUUAUACAAUCGACAAUGAAGUCUUAAUUCCAAGUCCGAUUACGAACACAACUUCGACUGCGACCCUAUACUCGCUCUCACUUUUGCACUGACACUCCACUGUUGUCGCAGUCUCAACAUCCCUGUUUCUGAGUGACAGUCACCUGCUCCCUGGUGCGCAAAAAUAUUUUAGUAUUCUGUAAUUGUUUACUGCACACUGCCUACCAACAACAGCAAACUCGUCGAAUUGUAUCCAUGUUAACAACAGCGAGAACAGAUACUGUUUCUGCCCAGUAAAAGCAAGCUAAAAAAAUAAAGAAAACAGAAACGGUCAUUAAGUGUUGUUACACGAAAACAAGAAAAGUUUCUCAUUUUCGCGAUUGUGUGACUUUUUGUGUGUAUUAAGAUGAACACAAUCAACCAAGAAAAAAUAAAAACAAAUUAAAGUUUGCAGAAUAUUUGCGUGUGUGUUCGCGUAAGUGCUAUUAUGCUGUCAUCUAUUUGCACACCAACAUAUCUGUCUGUUGCACGCACACUAACUUUUUAAUGGCUGAGUAGAUAACGUUGCAAUAAAUAUUUUAUUCAGUUAACGUCAUAAAACAACAACUGUGGUUAAAUCUAAGCACAAAGGCAAGCAGUUCAUUCGACGACGACCUAAAGUAUGCAGCGAAAAAUUGAAUUUUCUGUCAAGGACAAAACAAAACUUUCUGCCAUGUAGCGACUGGCGUGUAUCUUGCCUGUGUGUGUGGGCGUGCGUGUGUAUGUUUUUUUUUCAAGGAAAACGGCACCAAAAUCUUUAAGACGAAAAAGUAUCUCAAACAAUCAAGCAGCGAAAAUACUGAAGAAAAACAAAACAGAAAAGCAAAUCACACGACCAACCACGGAGGCUGCAGCUACACAACAACCCCAGACAAGCAAACCACCCCAAUCGACAUUUGGCGCCAGUCGGACAACAGUGUGGCCACCAUGUGGUUUCAUGCUUCAACGAUGCUCCAAUUAUUUCCAAUGUUUUUCAUUCUACUAUGGCUGCCCGUCCAAGUCGCGGCUCGCUUCUGCGAGGGCGGGCACAUAUGUUCGCUGCCACGCGAAUGCUGCACCCAGGGUUGUUGUCCACCAUAUCAAAGUGGACCGCGACAGCUGCCCCCACCGUCGGAGAAUGUACUGAACUUAUUCUUUGUCAGCCAUUGGUUCUUUUGGUGCGUCGUGGUGGCCGUCAUUUUAGCCAUACUUUGUGCCUACUCGUUGUGGAAAAAGCGACGUACACUCUGCGGUUGGGGCUUUACGGAGCAUCACACACAAUCCGAGGGAGAUUCGGCCGGCUCCUGCUAUGCACCGCCGCAAUACAGUCGCUGCAAUUCGUUUCAUCACCCGCCCCCGCCGUACACGGAGGUGGCAUCGAAACCGGAUCUGUAUCCGCUCGUUUUUACAUGCAACAACGAAAAUAGCAAGGGAAAUGCCAGCUCCAGCUAUUUGAUGGUGCAAUAUUUUCGCAACUACAUUGUGCGUCCAACGGGCUCACUGAGUGCCGCCAGCACUGUUGACUCGCUUAGCUCCAGCUUCAUUUGCAAUAUCAACGAGGCCAACACAUUGGUGCCGCCACCCUACUCUCGAGCGGCCAGCCCUGAGCUAAGCCUACAUUACGGUGCAAACAGAGAGCCUCCACCCAACUCGCAAUUAGCAGCGCCGCAAUACGGCUUGCCACGCUCUGCAUCCCAGCUGGUAGAGCCAGAAUAUCAGCCACGAGCUCACUAUGCUACCGUUGCAGUGGACAGAAAUAUAGGACUUGGCGCUGGCACAGCGCAUUAUAGUACACGGCUACAUAACUCGCACAGCGGACACUUCUCGCCGGGUGAGACGUCCGUUGACUCGCCUGGCCUUAUGCAUACCGGUGGCGUUGGAGGAGGCUUUCUGCAGUCGCAGAGCGAUCAACAUUUCCGCUAUAUGGUAAACAGCCGCAGUAGCCUCAGUGAUAUAUUUGUGAAUAGCAAUUGUGCGGCGGGCUUAGGAGUGGCUGAACUAGAUGUGGGUGGAGCUGAAAGUGGAGGGGCCACACAGACAUCUUCAUUGUGCAGCCUGGCAUUAGCAGCCGGGGGCACACCAGCCAUUUACAACAAUGCUUGCAUACAGUCCAAUCCGCUGCACAGUUUAGAAAACUGCUGCCAGUUAGUGUCAGCGGACGAAGCGGCUGCAGCGGUAACGGCACCCACAACAGCAAGCACUGUGUCUGGAGUAAGUAGCCUCUCAAAUAUUGGCACGCCUGGCUCUCCACCUCAAGCUACUAGCCCAACCGGCGAGGUGCGCGAAAUACUCGACCAAAUAAGUAAGCUACAAGCGGACGUCAGCUACGAACAGCUGCUGCUUACCGGUGGUGCUAAACCACGAUUGCAGCACACGCUGUCCAAGCCAAUAACACGACCCGCCACAUUGCAACAUACCGCAUCAACACCAAUGUCAACAACGCCGACAUCAGCGACUCCCAGUAAAGGAAAAAAGUUCUAUGCGUCGAAGCUGCCUAACAAGGCUUUAUAUAUACCUAUGGCCGUAAUGGCGCCACCGCCUGCCCAACGCUGUGUGCUCAAGAGCCCCAUUAGUAGCGUUGUCAGCGGUGCUAACUUUUUUGUUAACCGCGGACGGGUGGCCCGUAAGGGUUGGAUAUCUCGCUCGGCACCAACAACGCCAGGAAGCGGACUCCCGCCCAACCGAUUAGGUGAUGACAGUCCGUUAUUGAAUGAGCACGAUGAGGAUACCAUCGAAGAAUCUGGGCACGGGGAGCAACUGGAAUAAUACACGCCGCCCCCACAAAACGGCAGAGAUAGUUCAAACACCUAUAGAUGUAAGCUUUUAAUCAAACUGCAGCUUAGUAGGUCAUCCUUAGAUCGCCUGAAAUCAAAGUGCCAAAAAAUACCAAAAAAAAAAUUAAUAUCAAAACACAUCUUAGACUUAUAGGCUAACUCUGAAUAUUAUUGAUUUUCAGAGAUCUUCAGAGCACUUGUUAAUCUCAACUUCAUCUAAGUAUAAACCAUACAAAAAUUUAAAAUAAAGUCGCUUUUAUUCGUAUUUUUACCUAUAAAAUUCUUGUAUUGAUCCAACAUCCCCCAUUCUCUCCACUAAAAAAUGUCAAAAUUUGUAUGUUUUCAAGUUUAAAUUCAUUGUUUUGGAGUGGCCAUGUUAUGUUUUUGGAAUUACUAACCACAUCGUGAAAUAACAGACGAUGUCGUCAUUUCCACAUCGCACUCAUAAUCUUCAAGGCUCGACCCCAUUUGACUGAAAACAAGAUUAAGCGGGGAUUUCAAUUGCAAUA